AUGUCUCCACAAGAUGGUGCCCGUUUCGACUUCAUUGUCGUUGGUGGUGGGACCGCAGGCAAUAUAGUUGCCUCCCGGCUGGCGGAGAACCCUGACGUUCGCGUUCUCAUUGUCGAAGCUGGUAUAGCCACUUCUAAAGACAAUGAAGAGAUCCGAACCCCAGGACUUGCUAUGGAAUUGCGAGGCUCCCAAUAUGACUGGGCCUUCAAGACCACUAUGGUUAAGCGUGACGACUACGAGCGCGUUGAGAAGCCUAAUACGCGCGGCAAGGCCUUGGGUGGUAGCUCUUCCCUGAACUACUUCUCCUGGGUUCCUGGAUCUAAGGGAACCUAUGACCUUUGGGAGAAAUAUGGUGGAAAAGAGUGGACCUGGGAACCUCUUGUCCACUACCUUCGCAAAAGAGGCCCUAUUCCAAUUGCGCACGCCGAUUUGAUCCCUGAGAUGAAGGGCUUCCGUGAGCUGCUCACGAAGGCCUGGAAGUCUACUGGAGAGCCUAUCACCGAAAAUAUCUUUGACGGUGAAAUGCGUGGCCUUGUGCAUAGCGUCAAUACAAUCUACCAUGGUCGCCGGUCUGGUAGUUUCCUUGCGCUUGACGGAAAAUCCAACAUCACUAUUUUACCCGAGGUCCACUCUAAGUCUCUUAUUAUCAAUCGCGCCGAUCGGACCGUAAAGGGUAUCACUGUGAUUACCUCUUCCGGUCAAGAAUUGAACUUUUAUGCUGAACGCGAAGUUAUCGUAUCCCAGGGUGUGUUCGAGACCCCGAAGCUUCUUAUGCUUAGUGGUAUUGGACCGGCUCAGGAACUGAACAAGCAUAACAUUCCCGUUAUUGUCGACUCCCCCCAUGUUGGCCAACAUCUGCUUGACCACCCUGGUGUUCCAUUCGUUCUUCGUCUUAAAGAUGAGUUCUCUAUGGAUAGCCACGUCCUCCGUCAAGGCAAACUUCGCGACCAAGUCCUGUCCACUUAUUCGAAGGGUCACGCCGGUCCUAUGGGCUCUCCCUUCCUAGAACUGAUUGGUUUCCCUCGGAUUGACUCAUAUCUCGAGAAGUCGCCGGAGUAUCGCAAGGCUAAGGCUGCGAACAAUAACCUUGAUCCAUUCUGCCCACAAGGACAACCGCAUUUCGAGCUCGAUUUCAUUCCCCUGUUUGGUAGCGCGUUCCAGUGGCACUUCCCCCAUCCCUUGAAGGGCAGUUACAUGACAGUUAUGGUUGACCUUGUCCGGCCUGUUUCUGAAGGUGGCGAGGUGACCUUGAACAGCGCGGACCCCCUUCAGCAGGCUAAUAUUAACCUUAACUACUUCAGCAAUGAUCUCGAUAUCAUCGCUAUUCGCGAAGGUAUCAGAUUUACCUAUGAUGUUCUGAAGAACGGCGAAGGAUUUAAGGAUAUCGUUGAGGAUGACUAUCCCUGGGAUAUGCCGCUCGAUGAUGAUGAAGCCAUGAAGAGAACUGUUCUCGACCGUUCCCAGACUUCCUUCCACCCUUGCGGAACCGCUCGUCUUUCCAAGGACAUCAAACAGGGUGUUGUUGACCCUGGUCUCAAGGUGCAUGGAAUUCACAACCUCCGCGUCAUUGACGCUUCUGUUAUCCCCGAGAUCCCGGAUUGUCGUAUUCAGAACACCGUUUACAUGAUCGGUGAGAAGGGUGCUGAUGCCAUCAAGCGUGACCACGCGGAUCUCUACAAAUUGGGGUCCUAG